AUGUCUUGUCUUGAGAUAAGUUUGAAACAACUCAGAGAAACUAGCAAAACAGGGAUUGAUACUCUUUUGCCGAAUGUAUUGAGACAGUCAGACGUUUCAGCCUUCUCAAGGUAUAAUGCUAAUGCCACUUUAGUAAAUGUGGGCAGCUGCUCUCCAAUAAACAAUAGUUCAGAAGCAACCAAGAUAGGUGGCACACCUUAUCAGGGCUCUAAUGGCAGUAGCCCCAACAAUUACAUGGGUUCCUCUACGAAGAACGCCUUUGCCAAGAAAGAAGGAAACAUUGAUAAGACAAUGCCUGAUCAUCGUAUUUUUGUUUCUCAGCCGUGUAGCUAG